AUGUGUGACCGUAACGGCGGGCGGCGGCUGCGGCAGUGGCUGAUUGAGCAGAUCGACAGCAGCAUGUACCCGGGCCUGAUCUGGGAGAACGAGGCCAAGAGCAUGUUCCGGAUCCCCUGGAAGCACGCGGGCAAGCAGGACUACAACCAGGAGGUGGACGCCUCCAUUUUCAAGGCCUGGGCAGUGUUUAAGGGGAAGUUCAAGGAAGGAGACAAAGCUGAACCAGCGACUUGGAAGACGAGGCUACGCUGUGCGCUUAACAAGAGCCCAGAUUUUGAGGAAGUGACGGAGCGGUCCCAGUUGGACAUCUCCGAGCCGUACAAGGUUUACCGGAUUGUCCCCGAGGAGGAGCAGAAAUGCAAACUGGGUGUGGUGGUCCCCGGCUGUGUGAGCGAGGUUGCCGAGAUGGAGAGUGGACGACCUGAGAUGGAUGACCUCGUUAAGGAGCCUUCCGUGGACGACUACAUGGGCAUGAUCAAGCGGAGCCCUUCCCCGCCCGAGGCCUGCAGGAGCCAGUUCCUCCCCGACUGGUGGGCACAGCAAGCUGGCCCAGCAGCUUUGCCUCUGGUGACGGGGUACUCUGCCUACGACACCCACCACUCAGCCUUCUCCCAGAUGGUGAUCAGCUUCUACUACGGCGGCAAGCUGGUGGGCCAGGCCACGACCAGCUGCCCCAAGGGCUGCCGCCUCUCCCUGAGCCCGCCGAGCCUGCUGGGCACCAAGCUGUACACCCCCGAGGGCUUGGAGCUGAUCCGUUUCCCACCGGCCGACGUCAUCCCCAGCGAGCGGCAGCGGCAGGUGACGCAGAAGCUCUUCGGGCACCUGGAGCGGGGCGUCAUCCUGCAGAGCAGCGGGCAGGGCGUGCUGGUGAAGCGGCAGUGCCAGGGCCGUGUGUUUUACAGCGGCAACGCGGUGUCUUGCAAGGACAGACCCAACAAGCUGGAGCGCGACAAGGUGGUCAAGGUCUUCGACACCGGCCUGUUCUUCCGAGAGCUGCAGCACUAUUACAACAGCCAGGGCCGGCUCCCGGACAGCAGGGUGGUGCUGUGCUUUGGCGAGGAGUUCCCUGACAUGGCCCCUCUGCGCUCCAAGCUCAUCCUCGUGCAGGUUGAGCAGCUCUACACCCGGCAACUGGUGGAGGAGGCCGGGAAGAGCUGCGCGGGCUCGCUGGUGCAGGUGCCGGAAGAGCCGUCGGCAGACGCUGUCUUCCGAAUGUUCCCGGAGAUCUGUGCCUCGCACCAGAGACCCUUUUUCAGAGAAAACCAACAGAUCACCGUCUAAGUCUCUGUGGGCACCCCUCCACCUGGACUCGUCCCCCUCUGCAGUCACUGCUGUAAUUGUUAGAGGGCGGGCUGCCUCCUACCUGGCACCUCCCUUGGCUCUUAAUUCCACGAGGGCCUUCUUGGAGGUCUGGCCUGGGAAGCAGCUGCUUUCUGGAUGCAAAUGGUGGAAAAAUGACACCAGAUGGUCUGGGGACUGGCACUCUAACCCGUGCUGACAUUCUCCCCCACCCCCUGCCCCCCAGCACCUCCCACCUCCUCCCCAAAUAUCAUUAGUUGCUAUGGUUUCUUGUGUGACUGGGGAUUUGUGACAAUUUCCAAAGACUCUAUGUUCAUCCUUAGUAGCAAGUCCUGCUUCCAGGUGAGAGAGCCGGAGUGGGAGGCCCGCAUGUGAGGGACAAGGUCGGCUUGGGUUGUUAUCUCUGGUCACAGGCACAGCUCUUGUCCUGUUGGAAGGAGGUGGAUCUCCCUGGGAUUUCGGGACAGGAAGCAUCUCCAUCUCUAGGUAGCCUGGCAGGGGCUGGUUUACCCUCAGACAAUGCCAGCUCCUCCUUGGUGACUCUUCCCAGGCAGCUUGGAGCUUUACUCCUGGCACACGUACACCCCCGCCCCUUUCAUUUCUGUAAUGAAAUUCUCCCGGAUUCCUGUCUCUUUUCUACUUGGUAAAUGAUCUGUUUUGAAUAUAGUUUUCACUUCGAAUUGCCCUAUUGUAAAGUGCUUUGAAUCUCUUUUUAUUCCUUAAGAGGGCAGGAUCUCAAUGACACCUUUAAAACGGCCAUCGUGUUCCCACAAGCAUUCGAUGGUGCCUUUGGUCCAGCCACCCCUCAUCCCCUGGUGGUGGUCUGGUGCAUGGCCAAGGGUGGUGUGGGCUGGGAGAUGUGGGCAAGACGUGCCAGCUUGUCACUGCUGGAUUGUCCCUGUGGAUCCCGGGUGGACUGGGGCAGGAGAAAUUCCUUCCAUUGAAGACCCAUUCGUUUCUGGGUCCCUAAUAGUCCUCAAGGUUCAAGGGGCCCCACCUUGCACCAAAUGCUACUCUCCAACCAAGGUGGCUGUAGUUAGUGGGAUCCCGGUGAAGAAGUCCCAGAUUUAACUUCAGAGGACCGUCCCUAUUUAUUACUCAAACAGAAUGCAUUUCUCUACCCCAAGCCAUGUCCGAUGUAUACUCGGAGGAAGAGCCAGUGGCUUGGCUCAGUGGUCCUGGGACAGUUCAUAGACUCUCACCAACUCUCCAUGCAGGGGCGGACGUAGUUCGCACACCACAUCAGGCUUUACCCUGUGAAGUCACUUUCAAUCCCUACACGAUCAGAACACACCUGGCGCUCUCUGAAAGUGUUCUCCACUAUUAGCACAUGCUGGUGUAGUGUUCUCCACUAUUAGCACAUGCUGGUGUAGUGUUCUCCACUAUUAGCAGUUGCUG